AUGGCUGUGCCUAUCUGCUGCGACUUCCUCUCGUCGCCUGCCAAAACUCCUGCUCAAUGCUCAGCCGCAACCUUGUCUGGUUGUGAUGGAGCUGCCUGCCGGUUCAAUGACAUUGCUGGGUUGGUUCGAGGAGCAAAGGGACAUCAUCAACACCGUCUCGGCCGCGGGCUUCCGAUGGAUGUGAUCCUUGCACUGUCGGCAGCUCCGGCCGCCCAACUCUUCGACUACUGUUCAUCGGAUCCACGUGUUUCCAGCGCCGGCGCCGGCCGUCGGCCCUGCCCCAUCUCAAACGUCCUUAUCGAAAAGCCUCAUUCUCGGAAGAAGCUCAAUCUGGACGUCGUACCUUGGCUCGAUGUCUCCGCUACUCGAAUCUUACGGCGAUGA